AUGGCUGCAGGGCACAGUGCAAGAGCCCAGCGCCGGCUGCGGAGACAGCGAACGUUCCCAAGCACGUCCCGGGCCGAGCGCCCCGAGGGAGCGCAACGCCGCAGGCACGGCUCGGCCCGGUGCGCCCCGCUGGCCGCGGGCUGUGCGGAACCCCCGGCAGCAGCGAGGCCAACCGGGCCGAGCCCGCCCGGCUCCUCCGCCGCGCCGGGGCCACGAGCCGGACACCGCGGAGCGGCGGGCGGGCCGUCGCGGGCCCCGGAGCGCCGCGCGGACCCGCUGUCCCGCCUCACCUGCCCCGUGUGCCUCGAGGUGUUCGACAGCCCGGUGCGCGUCCCCUGCGGACACGUCUUCUGCACGCCGUGCCUGCAGGAGUGCCUGAAGCCCAAGAAGCCAGUGUGUGGGGUGUGCCGCAGCACCCUGGCACCCGGGAGCAGGGCUCUGGACUUGGAAAAGCAGAUUGAAACCACUGAAACCACUUGCAACGGCUGCAAUAAAAAAAUGUACCUGUCCAAGAUGCGCAGCCACGCAGCCUCCUGCUCCAAGUACCAGAAUUACAUCAUGGAAGGUGUGAAAGCUGUUACUAAAGAGCCCCUGCACAGCACCAGGAGCUUCCCGAAUCGCUUCACCUUCCCCUGCCCCUACUGCAGCGAGAAGAACUUUGAUCAGGAAGGGCUGGUUGAGCACUGCAAAGCUUUGCACAGCAUGGAUGCAAAACAAGUGGUGUGCCCAAUCUGUGCCUCAAUGCCAUGGGGGGACCCCAACUACAGGAGUGCUAACUUCAUGGAGCACCUGCAGAGACGCCACCGCUUUUCCUACGACACCUUUGUGGAUUAUGAUGCUGAUGAAGAUGAUAUGAUGGCACAGGUUUUGAUGCGCUCUCUGCGGGACAAGUGAUCCAGGCAGAGGAUUUACUGCAAACCCAAGCUUCCACGAGGGGGAAAUGCCCAGCAUCCUUGCACUUCUCCCUGCACAUCCCAAGAUUAACUCAGGCAUCCAGAAGUACAGAAGACUUUAAUCCUAUCUCAGUUUUAAAUCCUGGUUUGAUAUUUCUGUACCAUCCACUCUUUUGGUAUCAUGGUCUCUGACAUUCAGCCCCAUUUUUCUACUUGCUUAGACUCAGUUUCAUUGUAGAUCAGCACGUGGGAACCAAGGCUUUUUCCUUUACCUAUGCCUAUAGGUUUCUUUGGAAGUUGUGUUUAUUUGACUAUCUAAAAUCAAAAACAUUCCAGAUGGAAUGGCCUGAACUAGUUAAUAAAUAUCUUCCCAAUCUCAUUUACAUAUCUCAAGUGAUUGUAUGUGAGGUGUACUGGUAGCUCUGUUCCCCUUUAGUGAGACUUCAGGUGCUAACUGUAACUGUCAGACCAGCUCUCAUUUAAGUGACCUCUGAUUCCUGUGAUUCCAUCAUGUUUCCCAGUGUUUCAAUCCUUACAGGCAGCCUCCCAACUGUAUGGAAAACAUAUCUCCAGUAUCAGUGUUCAAACUGCAAACUUUCCUAGGAAAUCUUUGCACUGUGUAAAAACUAGUUCAAAAUACUUCAGUUCUAUGCAUGAUGAUUACUUUCCUCCAUACUCUUACUAUAAUUUCUAGCCUGGAAAAUUAUCUUUAGUGUUGGUCUUAGUUAAAAUGCAUAAUUUUUUAACUAUAUUAGCAAAUAUUAAUCAAAAUUGCUGGCUUUAUGAUUAAAUUGGUGGGUUUGAAACUGGUUUCCUAGUGAUUUUAAGCCUUAUGCUGAUAGGGGAAUUCAGAAGGUUUUUUCAAUACCUCGGCUUUCUAUUUAAACUAAAAUUUUCAUACAUGUUCUUGGGUUUUCCAUCUCUCAAGGCAAGCUGCUGGGAAAACUUAGGAGUAAUUCAUAGUGCUGGCAUAGUUCUUCCUUUCUGCAUCCCAGAUUUUAUCAGGUAUUUUGAAUUCCUGUUCUUCACUGAAAUGUUCCUGAAGUGGCUGAGGCUGUGCUUGGAUUGUUUGCCAUCUGGCAGUGCGUGUGUAGAGCCAGGUGCAGCUUUCAAGGAAAAGUGAAAUGCAGCCCUGAAAGCAGGACAGUUGCAGCCCCUCAUCAGUGGAUACUCUGUGUUCAAGCUACACUUUUACCGUGGAGAUUCCUUAAUUUUAACGUGAUGCUUUCAAGAAGUUCACAGUGGAGCUGCUGAGAUCUAAGGCACCUGACCAGAACCUGUAAAAACCAGUGUUGAGAUUUCAAUGCAAGCCUCGGAAUUGGAGCAGUGGGCCUGCCCCACCCAGAACUGAGUGCUAAUUAAUUGAUUUGAGCAGUCAGCUCCUCCCAGCACUGCCUUACCCUGACAAUAAUGAAACACAGUCCGGCUAAAACCUCGUGAUUCAGCCAGCCCUCUGUGCUGCCCCUGGGGUUUGUGUUUCUGAGCUCCCACCCUCUCACCCUGAGCCCCUGGGGGCCCAGUGCUGUGCAGCCUCCCGGUUGUGUGGGGAAGGUGCUGUGUUUGGGCUGGUUGUUGUAGUGCCUGGCCUGCAGAGAGGUGCUGGGGGCUGCAUGGGGAUCUCUGGGUCUGCUCCGGGUGCAGUUUGGGAUGCCCCAUUGCCAGGAAUCCAGAUUCCUGCUUCUGUUCUAAGUGCACUUCCACGCGAUUCUGAUCAAAUGUUUAAGGAGCAUUUAGAAGCUUCCAAGCAAUUACUUUGUCAUGUUUUUGACUUUUGAGGACAAGUUACAAAUAAAGGUCAUUUAAUUUAUAAAAUCCUA